AUGGAAAGUGCCCGUUUAAUAAAAUGGCGUAAUGAAUAUUUGGAAAAGAUAACCGAGUACAGAAAUAGCGGAAGAAAAAUUUAUUACUUAGAUGAAACGUGGUUUGACACUAACGAAACAAUUGGCAAAGGUUGGAGUAAUGACAAUGUAAAGUGCAAAGUUAAUGUACCACCUUCCAGGGGCAAACGAAUAUGCAUUUUGCAUUGUGGAGGGGAAGAUGGUUGGGUAACCGAUAGCUUACUAUUAAGUGCAAAAGACAUUAAAGACAGUUGUUUGGACUAUCAUCAAGAUAUUACGGGUGAACUUUUCGAAUCGUGGUUUAAAAAUAACUUAUUACCAAAUUUAGCAGACAACAGUGUUAUUGUUUUAGAUAAUGCAUCAUAUCAUUCUAGACAACUUAAAAAAAUUCCGAAUAAAUACUCUAGAAAGGAUGAAUUGCAAGAUUUUUUAUUAUCACAAGAUUUAUAUUUUGAAGAUUGGUACACUAAAGACCAAUUAGUAGAGGUACUUAAUACAAAAUUAUUUGUAAAGGAAUAUAUUAUUGAUAAUGCAGCAAGUAAAAAUGGACAUACAACUUUAAGACUACCACCAUAUUACUGCGUUUUAAUUCCAAUAGAGUUGUUAUGGUCUCAACUGAAAUAUAAUGUGAGACAAAAAAAUGUAAGUCCAAAAUGUUAUAACACUGUCGUGAAACUAAUAGAUUCUGAAUUUAAAAAUAUCUCUGAGGAUAACUGGAAGAAAGCAAUAGAGCACGUAAAAAAAUAUUGA